AUGGAAAUACGUAAUUUCUUUAAACAACUACCUGGGGGCAUACCCAAGCCCAUAACCUUCCUAACUCCGAAGGAUGUUGAGAAAGAAGCUCGAGCGCGUGCGGCGAGGCUUUUCCAAUAUCGCGAUCUGCUCGAAAAGAUUGUUGAGCGUCACGAAGAGACGAUACGUACACGCUGGGGUAAGAAAACGAGAAGUCAAAAGAGAAAAGUCCUCCUGGAAGCAUGGCCCGGAAUGUCCUCGGAGCAUCGACCAGAUGUUGCGGCAUGGCGAAAAAACUCAACAUCGGAUAUGAAGGAAGCAUACAUGUGGCCAUACAUCAACUUGGAAGAUCUCACCAAGACAAAGACCUUGCUGAUUAUGCUUCACUACCGCGGAAGGAACCAGCCACAUGAAUUUGUGCGUUCCGAUUUGGAGCAUGCUUCUCUGGGCGAGGCGAGCGGUGCCACCAUGCCAGGCUUUCUGGACGAAUACACGAUGCUUUUCGCCGACCGAAAGACACCCAAGUCGUAUGGAAAGCUCAUUUCCUGGGAUGACGACGACGCGGCCUUUGAGAGCAUGACCAACGGGAUUGGUAUGCAUCCUGGACAUGGGUUGCAGGCUUUGGAAAUCCAGGAACGUAUUUGGUCCUUUCUUGUAAAGUGUUGCCAGAUCUUGUUGCAAGACAUUCAGUCCAUGACCAAAUCGCCUGUUCUUCCAAACCCCGGUCCUCCUAUCACUCAGGAUCUUGAUAUCGCAUCUCUUCAGAUCAAAUCCUUCGAGGCUCCCUAUCGAACCCCAGCUCACCUUGACUUUGCGCGCCUAAAGACCUUGGCUUCUGAGGAGCGCAACUGGAGGGAAGACCAUUUGUGGUCGCUGCGCGAGGACCCAAGCUAUUUCGCCGAGAUGAUGCACGAGCAAGCUGAGCAUCGACCUGAGAUGCUGCUGGAUAUCUUGCGGAACGAGCAUCCUUUGUUGAAAGAACCAGGACGCCCACUAUUCUGGAACCGUGUAAUCGGCAACGUAGUGAUCCAAGCUUAUUUUGGGUUCGCAACCUUUGAUGAAGUAUUGAAGCAGAUCAACAACGUCGCUACCAUCUACGAGAAACGUAAAGCAACACUGAAACCGGAUGAAGACUUACCUGUCGACCUGCUCAGCGCUUUCCAACAUCUCCGUUUCUUGUUGGGUGCUGCAAGAACCGACAUUGUUAACUGCCUCAAGAUUGAAUUGUUUGCCUCUCCACCGCUUUGUCCAUUCUGUAGGCGCGAGCCUUAUGAUUCGAAAUCCGAUGUCAUCCGGUCUGCGUAUUGUCCACCACGUCAGGAGCAUGCGGUCCACCGACUCAUGUCCCUAUUCGAUAUCCUCUUUGACGAUCAGCAACUAUUCGUAUUUGGCCUACACACUGUGACAGAUGAGAUUGAACGCUUGACCGCAAAGGAUCCUGCAGUCGCUGCGUUGCUUACACCACGAAUCGCAAGCCGUCUCUCGUCGCUUUCAGUCGUAUCAGAAUGUCUCCAGCAAAUCCACUUUUUCCAGCCGUGGGCGCGUAAAAUCGAAGACGACAUGGAUUUCAAGGCCCGUGAACUCCAAAAACAAUACAACAAGACUUUCAAAGGAUGGCUCCCAAUCCUAAACGCUAAAUUCGAAGGCUCGCAAAUCUAUCAGUAUGCUGAUCCAACUGACGGGAAAUUCGACUAUCCAAUGGACCGCCGCCAGAGCAAGCAGAACGUUGAGAAAAUGCGCAAAUCCGAAGCUAACCUGGACAUCCUUUGGAAAGCUGUAGACCGGCACUACAAGUCUAAAUCAGCUAACUCGCAACAUGACAUGGUCGCACACAUGCUUCGUGAUAAUCGGAAGAUCCGGCGUACUCCUGUUUGGGUAGAGCCCGGCAAGAAAAAGAGGAAGAAGAAGAGUGUGACAAUUGUUGAGCCGCCAAUGGUACAUCGAUACAGGCCAUCUUCCAGCGUCUACCAGGAGUUUUCGAAGCCAAUCACUGGUGAUUUUGUUGAUGUUGCACUCGACGAACCUAGUGUCGAGUCUAAAACUGACAGAGACGUCGCUCUAGGGUCCAAGGCUGAAACACCGAUAUCCGCCCCUCACGAAGAAGCUGGUGAGCACCCUGAGACCUUCGCAGUGGACAAGCGCUCUCACAGGGCAUUCGGCACCAUUUCCCACUCACCAUCCGAUCCUAAUCAACCUGGAGAGGUCCCUUGGACCGAUUUCAUGCACGCAAUGGGGAGCAUGGGCUUCUCAGCUGAAAAACCACAUGGAUUGACGUGGAGGAGUUUCGUACCACGAAAGAAUGGCCUGAGUGCAGAGAAGAGUAUGCGGUUUCACGAACCGCAUGUCAGUAGCGACAUGCCGUUCCUCUGGGCAAGGCGUCUUCAGCAGCGAUUGGCGAGGGCGUAUGGAUGGGUCGGUGGGGUGUUCAAAGCAGCCUAA